UGUGCUUUGGGAGUUGGCAGUGCCAGGCUGUACAUAGAGGCUUGCAUGCCUGUGGCCCCUUUGCUGCGAAUGACGUGUGCCGGAGUGAAGUCCCCACUCUGACCACACGGACAGCGCAUAGGACCACACAUGCAGCAUCCUGUGUGGCAACUGCCUUGGAGCUGCGGUGGCAAUCAAUUUUCCGCAAGACCGGGCAGAGCUCGCUUUUGCGCGACUCGCUUCUGGGAUGCAGACAUCAAGCCAGAAGACCCGCCAUGUGUUGGCAAAAGCGCAAGUGCCAUGUAGCAGGGGUGAUUCGGGUAGGGCUGAGCAUUCCGCAAGCGACACAUACUCAGAAACCUGCAACGGGUUGCCGCAGCCAUUUGACGUUAAUGUGAUGUGCGUUUGCGUUCACCAAGUGUUGAUUGCCACCUUGCAAUUCAUCGAGUUUGUUUCGCUUGAUGAGAGCAUGAGUCAAGCUGCUAAUGAGAAUUGAGAGACAAUUGUGGAAGCAAUUCAUGAACUGGCCAUGCGCGCCGCAUUCUUUUUAUUUCCUUUUGCGGCAGCCCCGGGAUGAACAGAGCAUGCUCACCUUGAAAGCCUGUCGUGUGGUGUGUGACUGUGUGUGACUGUGUGUGUGUGACUUGAGGUAGUGCAUGGCGAUGUGACAGCACCUCAAGAACCUGUUGAUCCUCGACAAGAAAUUCUUGACUGCAAAUGGCCGAGUUGCAUGCCCCACUGCAUUCCUUGCGAAAACCGACAGGUUGGAACAUGCUACACUGCGGGCCUCUUCGGGGAUUUGGGAGGCUGCGACAACUGGAAAGGACCAACCGACUGUUUCUUGGGCAAGUGUCUCUGUCGAGACGGUUAUUGUGCUGAUGGUGAAGUCUGCAGACCGCAGGUUUGCAUCGCGGGUGCUGAGCCCCCACCCUUUCGGAAGAACCGGUGGUUGCGCGUAUUCAGCUCCAUGAGCGACAUGGACCCCUUCCCCGAGUAUGAGGAGCUGCAACAAAACUACAUGGAUUACAUUCCUCAGAUUGUAGUGGUGCCGGCUCUCUUUCUGGUGGUGGGCACCAUCAUUGCAAUCGGCACAGCUGCCUAUUUAUGUUGCGGCGGCAGCGGUUACCACUACAGCAUGGACUUUUCAGAUGCUCGUCAUGACGAGAAUCUCGGCUUGGUCUCAGGCAAGACGGGCCAACCUUUCCUCACCGACGAUGAGUUUGCCAAACGAGCGUGGCGAAGCCGACCAUCGUGCUUGCCCAUGUGUUGCUCAGCAAUGUGUAUUUUCUUCCUAUGUUUGUUUGGCGUCGCAGCUCGCAUCCACAGCUACAUUCGGACUGAGACAGUGAUCCUGCUAUCCUUGGAACGGGCCGAGGAGAACGCCAUAGAAAUCGCGAAUGCCAGCGUCACCAUCAAUCAGACGAUCACUGAUCUGCACGACGCGCUCCAGCAGAUCCCUUUGUCUUGCAAGACCGAGAGCCGGGCUGCGAAGCAAGUGCUCUUUACCUUUGUCAGCAAUGCACUGGGGGCGAUCGACCAGUACGUGGAUCAGGUUUACAGCAUUGUGGACAUAGUGGUGCCGGUGCCUGAUCAAAUCUCCAAGUUCCGCGAGUUCGCAGAAGGCCAGAGAAAGGUGUUUGUGCGCUUGCCUUUGGCACCGCUAGCACUGAUGGCUGUGAUUUGUGGACUGAUCGUUAUUGAGGCCCUGACGACCGAGAUUUGCAGAAACAGCGCAUUCGCAAAGUGUGUGGAUUCGGGUUUGCGCCUCGCUGCGGUGGUCUUCGCUCUCGUCAUCUUCACGGUGACCAUCCUCGUCUUCGCUGAAACGGUGAUGAUGAUUGUCCUGAGCAAGUUCUGCGAAGAUGUCGACCACAACGUGCUCCUCUACGUCAACGCUACUACGCACAGCAUCUCCGCGCAAAUUCCGGAGCUGGCAAAUUAUUACAUUCGUGGUUCCGAACACAAUCCAGUCGUCGAGUACGACAACCUGGCGACAAAGUACAUCAAUCAGAUCCAAGACUACUAUCAGAAGGCUUCCAUUGGCCUCGCGGGCUUGGGUUUGGCAUGCCCGGCCUUCUUUAAGUUGGACGUCAAUGACAUUGCGCACAAAGCGCGGGCGAUCCUGACCAGGGCCCGGGGCCUCUUGGCUGGAGAGAACAUCUACCCCUACUACACGAAGGUGGUGCGCACAGGCGCGUGUGAUAUCAUCAUCGCCGGGGUCGGGUGGAUGUGGCUGCUGCAGAUUGUCGUUGGUCUCAUUCUGUUUCCUCUUUGUGCCGUUUUGACUCACAGAUUCUUGGUGCGCUGGGCCGCGUGGUGCCAGAUCAAGCAGGAGCGCAAGAGAAGAAUGGCAGCUGGAGCAUCUGGGUCGAUGCUCGGCAGCGACGAGGAUGAGGAGGAGGAGGAGGAUUCUGAAUCAGAUAGAACCCCCAUGAGCGCCGGAAGUGCGAGGCAAAUGUCGGGGCGUUUCGGCCGCGUGUGGCCCAGAAGUUAGGGAGGAGGGGGCUCCCCCGCAAGGCGAGUGCAGAAGGCGAGUGCAAAGCCACUUUGAACACGUCGCAUGGAUGCGACGUUGACGCGCACAUGCCAAUGAAUCGUGGGG